AUGUCAGAUCUCAACGAAUUCAGAUUGCAAACCCGGGACUGGCUGGCACAGAACUGCCCUCCUGGCGCGCGUGGCCCGGGUGAAAUUCAUACCGGUAGCACCAAGGUCAAACUACAGAACCCAGACACCCAGGUCUGGAUGGAGCGUAUGGCCGAGCGCGGCUGGACAGUACCGAUGUGGCCAAAAGAAUAUGGCGGCGCCGGUUUGAGUCUGGAUGAGGCUAAGAUCCUGUUUGCAGAAAUGGCCGCGAUUGAAGCACGUCCGCCACUGGUGAACAUGGGCACCCGUAUGCUGGGACCAACGUUGCUGGAAUACGGCACCGAAGCGCAGAAAAGACGUCACCUGACCACCAUCGCCUCAGGCGGUGCAGCCUGGUGCCAGGGCUAUAGUGAGCCGGGUGCGGGGUCCGAUCUGGCCAGUCUGCGAACCAAAGCUGAAGAUAACGGCGAUCAUUUUGUGAUCAACGGCCAGAAAAUCUGGACCUCAGGUGCGCAGAACGCAGACUGGAUGUUCUGCCUGGUACGCACGGAUUUUGACGCGCCGAAACACCAGGGCAUCAGUUUUGUGCUGCUGCCCAUGGACCAGGAAGGUGUCACCGUGCGCCCCAUAUCUCUAUUGUCUGGCAGCUCACCAUUCUGUGAAACAUUCCUGGACAAUGCAAUUGCCAGCAAAGAAGACCUGAUCGGCGAAUUGAAUGAUGGCUGGACAGUGGCAAAAAAACUUCUGCAACAUGAACGUUCCGGCCAGGGAGGGCUGGGGGCGUCUGCCGCGAAAACCCGGCCUGUCGGCGUCACCGUGGAUCUUGCCCUGGAAGAGGUUGCGCGUACCUAUAUCGGUACACACGCGCAGCGCAUAGCCGAGCCCGGGGCACGGCGUCAGGUCACCGAAUGGAACAUGAACAACACCGCCUAUGCUUUGACCCAGAAACGAGUGGGUGAAGAACUUCAGGGCGGCGGCACACCGGGUGAAGCCACCUCUAUCUUUAAACUGUACGGAUCCACCCUUGCCCGGGAAAAACAGGACAUUCUGAUGCAGCUGAUGGGCACCCGUGGAGUGGGUUGGGCAGGAGACGCGUUCACCGCAGACGAACUGGGCACAACGCGCUCCUGGCUUGCCAGCAAAGCGGUGACAAUUUACGGCGGCACUAACGAAGUGCAGAGCAAUAUCAUUGCCAAAAGAGUGCUGGGACUGCCCGACUGA